AUGGCAGCAUUUCAAAUAGGCGAGAACGUGACAAGUUGGUUUGAAUUUUACUGGACAACACCGCAACAGGAUUUCAACGCGACCAAUCAAUCUACUACCGUGUCAACUGUCUCGUACCUUCCGUGGAACAAUCCGCAGAACAUCAUCUCUAAGAAAACGGCUGAUUCCAUUACGGACUCUUUGCAGUGUUACGUUUUACCGAUCCUCACCGUCAUUGGCAUACUCGGGAACAUCUGCAGUCUGAUCGUCCUUUUUCAAAAGAAGCUUCGUACGAGCACGACCACGAUGAUUCUUAUUGGCUUAGCGUUCUCGGACACGUGCUUUCUCGCCACGAACAUGGUACGAAAGAGCUCGUGCAUAAUAUCCCACUACGACAAACUCCUAUCGGAGAUCGUCUCGAACACGACUUUCUACUACAUGCACUACCUGAAAACAGCCUUCAGUCGCGUCUCCACGUUCCUCGUUGUACUCAUCUCCUUAGAAAGAGUGAUAGCCGUCGGGCUUCCUUUGAAGGCCAAGACGCUGAUCACCAAACGCCGCAUUCUUGCUGGCGUUAUCGCCUGCUAUGUCAUCGCCUUCGGUGGUCUCGCCGCCUACCCACCCCAGUACACGUACACCUUCGUCGGCAAAAGACCGUUUAUUGCUUACACGGACUUCGCUAAGAACAACGUAGAAAGCCUGAAGAUCUACAACGAUUACUUCCUCCCCAUCGGUUUUCGUCAUAUCCCAGUGGUAAUUGUGUUUCUCCUGAACACCGUCAUCAUCGUCCUCGUUCAUCGCAGCAACCGGUUCCAAAAGACUGCCUCCGUCCAGGACUCAAAGCGUAAAGACGAUCAGAAGAAGAUAACAAGGAUGUUGCUUACUGUCGACAUCGUGUAUCUGAUCUGCCUGCUGCCCGGGGACAUCUUUCUCCGCUGCUCCAUCGAAAUACCGGAGUUCCAGUACUUCAGAAGCCAGCACAAUCUCUUCCUGGCCAUAAGCGAUAUCACUCUUCUAUUCGAGAUGAUAAACUCGUGCAUCAACUUCGUCAUUUACAUGGUCCUCAAUCGCAAUUUCUACGACACCUACAUGCGCCUCUUCUGCUGCUACCUGCCCUACAUAAGGACAAUUGUACGCCGUCGACCACAGAGCGACACGGAGGCCUCCAUGAAAACCAAAGAGACGGUAUCUUCACGCAUUUUGCGGGAAAAUUCGAAGGACGGAGCGUCGGAAUCGUCGGCGUCGGAGCAACAUUGGGGAGACAAAAACGGGCACGAUAAUCUGACAUACAGAACCGAAGGACCAAUUGUUGAACCGUAA